AAAACACUGUUCGUUUACAAUUCAAAGCAAGAGACAAAAGGAGAGUCCAUACCGUUCGGUUUCCAGACGAUGAACGUUGAAGGAGGACUUAACUUGCCAUGUAAAACACUUGUCUUGUAUACAAACCUUUGUUUGCUCUUUCUCUGAUCUAAAGCUGCAUUCCUAAGCCCUGGUUUCACUCUUCAAUUUCUUCUCCAACCAGGUCUUUGAGGGCAGAAACAAAUAUAAGAUUCUCCCCCUACCGAGUACGUCUAGCCCGGUUCACAUGGAUCAGAAUGUUGGUCCUGAUCCUGAGUACAAUGAAGGAUUGAGAAGCGGCCUAGAGUUGGUGAAAUCAGGGUCUGAUAAGCAUCUUGACCUUCUGAGGCCAUCUGCAAGAUAUUCUUCAUUAUUCAAAGGGCAAGCAACAGAUCAUGAAAGGGGCAAGUAUACCCUUAUUAGGGAUCCGGAGGACUUCCAAGCUGGGAUUUAUGACAAACCUCUUCCAUGCUUUGGUUGUGGAAUUGGAUGGUUUUCUUUUCUUUUAGGAUUUGCAUUUCCUCUUAUGUGGUAUUAUGCUACUAUUCUUUAUUUUGGAAAUUACUACCGCAAGGAUCCUAGGGAACGAGCAGGCCUUGCUGCCUCUGCAAUUGCUGCAAUGGCGUGUUCGGUUGCAUUGUUGAUCAUAGUAGUCUGCUAUUACAACGUUGGCUGAUCAAUUUACAAUGCUCCAUUUUCAAGAUGACUCUUCUUGCAUUUGGUAGAUAGAUAGUUUGGGCAGGAAGGCAGGAAGAAAAUGUGGAGGCAAAUGGAUUUCCUAGCCAUUCAACAAGCUUACAAACUAGUGAAACUACACAGGAAGUUGAAUUUCCAGUCCUCUCUUUAUGAAGAGAUAUAGAGGAGAAAUUGUUUUGUGAACAUAAAUUUCUACACGUUUCCAUAGUAUUUAUUAUAAGAUAGGAAGUUGUGGUUGCUUGUAAAGAAAGUACUUGAACCGCAUGGCAUAAUCAAGUCAUCAUCCAUGAUGAAUAGAUAUACAGCAACUGUACUCUGUGUUUUUAUACUUCUUUUUCUUGGUCCAAAUAUAGUCGAUUGAAACUGCA